AUGCGCACUAAUGCUUUCCAAGCAUCUACCGUGCAGCACCGAGUUCGUCUGCUUCGAAAAUACACGCGCCUCACAAGUUAGCGAGCAGAAGCUGCUCGAAGCAGUUAUACGUUUACUACACCAGUACAGUUGAUCCUUCCAUAUCUUACCAGCCUUACACAUUAGCCGAAGAAGGAUUUCAGUAGUGCUGUUUUUUUUUUUAAUCUCAUGGCGAGAUAAAUAACCGAUUGACAAAAAUAUGCUCGGUUUAACAGUAUCAAUACUAUGUACAUGUUUUUAAGGUGUUGCACCAGUUCCAUUUGUGAUCCGGCCCAGACUUGAAGCACCGGGUGAUCUCUGUUGUGAUUAUCAGUUCCCGCAGUGACCAAGUUUGCGAUUGGAGGAGUGUAACUGAGGGAGGGGGAGGAGAAGAGAUUGAAAUUCACAGAAAAGGGACAGACGGACCCCUGGGUUCCUUACUUACCCAACACAGUCUCACAAAAGCGCUCAAUCGUUUUAAGACUAGUGUCUUUUACAAAACCAUUCGGAGGAACGCGCAUCAACUCAGACACAAACGAGCGACAUCUGUAGUCUGAGAAUUGUGUGGUGGUAGCUUCUUACUGGUCAGAGAUGGAUUACAGGGGUGGACAGUAAGUCGGCUUGUUAUUGGUUGAGAACUUUGUUUAUUUUUUUGAACUAUGAAGCGAUGACUAUAACUUCUCAGUUAAAAAGAUCGGUUAGUUAGCCAUUAUAAGUUCCAGUCGAUAUAGUACCAUAAACAGUGAACUUGAACGUACACCAGCGAAUUCUCGGUAGUUUUUAAAUAGAGAUUUAAAAUAAUACUCUAAAUGCUACACACGAUAUUGAGUUAUUUUAUGAUCAUCACAAUAUAAGUCUAUAUUUGUUAAUUUAGCAUUUCUUAGAAGAUGUAAAAGUCAGCAACUAACUGACUAGAUAAAUGACAAUUGCUAGCGGAGUCUGUGUAUUUUUAGCUAAGACUAAAGAAGUACAAAUGAGCAUAAGAUUGUGUAAGAAUUUCUGGUAUCAAGAAGUUUCUUCAGGUAUUUGUUAAUGCAUGUGUAGAAGGUUAAAACCGCAUGCAGUCAUGAGAAACACAUCUGGAACACCGAACAUCGGCGUUCGUCGUUGGACCCGUAGCGUGUGUUUAGCUUCAGCUGGGAUAGCCUUUACCAUCGGUAUGUUAUUGGGUGUAUUUUUACCAGUGUAUAUGUUCGUGUCUUCUCCUAUCUCGGGAGUUACAGUUUCUCGUAAAGUAGGGCGCCAGAGAAGUACAGUAGACCGUUUAACACAGAAUCAGUCUGUAACCCAGGCCCCAUUCUUUGUUGUUGUUCCUAGUCCAGCUGUAGAUCCUCAGAACUUCGGUGUCAGAAAAGAGAGUGAAAACCGUAUAGGAGAAUUUGGGAAAGAGGAGCAGCCUUCACAAGAAGGUAGCUAUCUUCCUCUGGAACAAAAUCGCCUGACGUUGACAAAUGAUUUCUUACAACAGGGCCAUGUCUCUGAUAAUGGAAAAUCAACGCCGACGAUUUACUUUGCUUAUACUGAUUCUUCCGAAUUCUAUCAGAAAAAUAAAAACCGCUCAGUAUAUUUUCCAAAGCGAACACUAAAGUCGGAAAAUAGUGGCGUGACUAACGUGAACCUUAUUGAAGGUUUCAAAGAAGUUUUACAAACUGAAACAAGCAAGGUGACUAGCUCACUCCUUGCAGAGGGACACUAUGCACUAGGCGGCCGGCCUGUCACUACCGUCCCGCAUGCUCGUUUGCUCGCUGCCGCGAAACAGCGGAACAUCCCGUGGGCUUCUGUUCGCAUGGAGAACAAAAUAAGCCUCGGCAGCAGUAUCGAUGGCCUCCCCCCGACGUUUGCAGCGCCAACUUUUACGUCAUUCCCUCUUCCUCUUCAAAAUCUUGGGUACUCUAGGUCAGUUGCAGAUCCAGAACUCCGGAAAAUAACUGAUAUUGUCAGUGGGAUAUACUGGGCAGAAAAAUUGGAAAAUCUCAUUCCAGGUGGAUUUAGUGAAGGUGUAGACAAUUGGCAUCGAUUUGUUAACAAGACAAAAAUUGUGAAAAUCUCAGAAGGCUGUGGUAGAAUGCAGAACAGGCUAGUUACGUUUGAUAAUGGAAAUAAAUCCUGUUGCCGUUACAGACAGAACAACGAUCAAAUCCAAGGUGAGAUAUUCUCAUUCUAUCUAAGUAGACUUCUGAAUAUCGAAAACUUGCCUCCGUCCAUGCUGGCUGUCAUCAGGGGCCAGGAGUGGCAGUGGGAACACGUGCUAUCCCAGCUCCAUCUAGCCCAGUGGAAUGUCGAGAGGCCUAUCGUGCUGACAAAGUUUAUAGACAAUCUCGUUCCCGCUUUCAUCCCUCCCGCUUUCCGCACUAAAAAACGGCAACUUCUCCCAGUAGCUGAAGACCUCUCUAGUAAAACACUGGUCGAACUAGUGGAGCUUGCCCAAUGGUCAGACUUAAUUGUAUUUGAUUACUUGACAGCAAAUCUUGAUCGUGUAGUGAACAACAUGUACAACGAACAAUGGAAUUCAGAGAUGAUGAACUCCCCAACACACAACCUUGCUAAACACAAACAGUCUGGAUUACUGGUGUUCUUGGACAACGAGUCGGGUCUUCUUCAUGGCUACCGACUAUUAGACAAAUAUGAGCAUUUUCACCGAUCUCUCUUAGAUUCUUUGUGUGUGUUUCGUAGACGGACUGCUCAAUCCAUAGCUGCAUUGCAUAAAACUAAAAAUAUUGGUGAACUCCUAAAACAAUCUUUUUUUAAAUAUGAUCCUGGUAUGUCUGACUGGCUACCAUUCCUGCCAGAACGCAGUUCAAAAACGCUUAGAAAAAGAAUUGAUACGGUUUAUAAUCAGAUUCGACAAUGUGAAGAAAGGUUUAAUCCAGUGGUAGAUCAGCCACACUUCAGUAUCCAGCGAUGAUUGGUGAUAACAAUGGACAAGAUAUGGAUAAGGUAAGGACAAGAUAAGAAAGGUUUAAUCCAGUGGUAGAUCAGCCACACUUCAGUAUCCAGCGAUGAUUGGUGAUAACAAUGGACAAGAUAUGGAUAUUUAAACUUAAAAAGCAGCAACUAGUUGGUAUGAGGUAAUUCUUGCUUGUUAGUGAAGCCUGAACACUUAUAAAGCAAGUGUGGCUGCUCUUUGCCAUGAAUUUAUCACCUCUCAAGACUUUAGAUUAGACUCGGCAAGUCUGAAGCUGGGUGCGGCUGCUUACUUGAUGUUGAUCUUGUAAUCUGUCAGUUAGAACAGGACAACCGUUUUCCUUACACGUGUUUUCCAAAGUGUAAUAUAAUAGCCUGCAGGAACGUCUCUACCUGUGUAAAUGUCCCGAUCUGGGAGGGGAGGGCGUUUCACAGAUUGCUGAGAGUUGGUCCGGUUUAGUCUGUCAACCAGGGGGCUGAAAAACCGACUUGUGUAUACAUAACUCGCAGAGGUAAUCAGAAGUGUGUUUAUGUUCCCUACUUCAAACUGUGCUUUCAGAAAUACACCGAGUAAAUAUUUAUGAAUCUUUACUUAUUGCAAACACAUCCAGCAAGUAUAAAAGACACUUUUGAACUGACAUCAAUCAUAUAGGUCAUAAAAGAUACAAAAAUAUGGUAAGU